AUGGGAGACCAUUCUAAAGCGUUCUUCAAAAGAGCUGGCUUUGCUGUGCUAAGAGGUCAAAACUGAACCUACCUGCUUACAAACACACACAUUAUUAUAGGAAGAAAGCCUCAAGCAAGUGACUCCCAAUGGCAAGUUGACUUAGACUUAGGCCCUUCUAAGUUUAUUUCAAGGCAGCAUGCUUUGCUGAUUUAUAAUUUUAAAGAUCAAAGGUUUGAAAUCAGGUGCUUAACGAAGAAAGGAAGAGUAAAAGUUGACGGGAAGGCUUACAGAUAUCAAGAUGGGGCUGUGCCCUUGAAGCACCGUUCAGUGAUUUCUAUCAAUAAGUGCAGUUUCUUAUUUGUGCUGCCAUCAUAG